AUGAAGCUGUCAGUCAGCUCCCCACUCCCCGAGGCGCAGGCACCUGCAAAAACUAAUGUUCAGGACACCUGCCUGUUACCUAUCGAGGAAGUGGAGGAGUUGGGAUUCAAACCUAGGCUGCCUUACUCCUGGGUUGUGCUCUUAACUCCGACACCGUAUAUUCUGCGAGGAGUCCCUGUAAGGUUACGGUUUGGCCCAUGCCUGCUGCCUCUCUGCCCUGCUCCAUUUCCCUUGAGGUCUGUUGGCUACCCAGUCUUCACGGAAGGAGACUUGUACAUUUUCCAACGGAACGUCACUCUCGACACUCAGUUACUUCUGCUGGACUGUGCCACCUACCUGAAGCUCGUCCCUCCUGCUAGCGGUGGUCACCCACACCACCGCCUCCGGAUCUUCAUCUCCUUGUCACCCCUUGCCCUGGGCACCACUUGUGGUCUUGGAAGUCAAGAGCCCAGCCGGGCCUCAGCUCCUCAUUCUGCAGUUAGGGGCUGUGGAGGUCUCCAUCAAGCUGGCCCAGAGUCCAGCGAGGAGCAGCGAAGUACGCACACACGUCUCAUUGUGACAAGAGAGGCCACUUAUGCAGCGGUCAGCGCCCAGCUGCAGCGGCCUCGUGAGACAAGCCAGCCUCAGGAAAGGGACGCUCCUCCGCCUGGGCCCACGCGGCCACGCACCCAGCCGUCGGGCGUGACUCAGCUCGCGCCCCGGCCUGGGGCGGGGCCAGACGAGCAACAAAAGAAGCGUUCGAACCCGCCCUCCCGGGGCUGUCCGCAACUGCCGCGCCGCGCGGCCCCGCCCCUCCCGGAGGCGGCCCUGGGGGCGGCCAUUGCUGGGCCGGCCGAGCCCGGGGGCGGGGGCUGCGGCUCUCAGGCGGCCCCCGCCCUCGGAGUCGCCCCGCCCCCGCCUCGCCUCUGCGCCUGCGCGCUGCGCUACUUCGCUCGGCCGGGCUCCCCGCGCGGGCUGGAUCCGGAAAACUCACCUGCCCGGCGUUCCUGGCACCCGGACCAAUGGGGUUCUUUCUUCGGAAGAAACCAGCUACCUUGCGUCCUUCCGCAGCCUCUGUCUGUCCAGCCGCGCGCACUAGUGAAGUGA